AAUCGAUUAAUCGAAUGUCGAGUUGCACGUUUUAUCAUUUGUUUUUAUUUUUUCAGAAGGAAAGAAGUGAUUUAUCCAUUCAAUUGUGAAAUUCGUCAUUCUCUCAGCCCAUAUACAUCAGGAUGUCCAAUUUCACCUGCAUCAACUGUAGUGUAAAAUUCGCCUCGGCGGACAUACAAAGAGAACAUUACAAGACAGAUUGGCAUCGUUACAAUCUGAAGCGACGUGUUGCUGAACUGCCUCCUGUCACCGCAGAGGAUUUCCAAUCGCGCGUCUUGCAAAUGCGUAAUGCCGAAGCCACUGCCAAUGAGGAACGUCAAAUGAGCUUGUACUGCAAUGCCUGCAGGAAACAAUUUGGCAACCAGAAGGCCCAUGACAAUCAUUUGAACAGCAAGAAGCACAAGGAAAACCUAGUGAGAUUUGAGAGGGAGUGUGGCAAUGAAACAAAGGAGGUGACCACCAAAUCAUUAAUACAACAAAGACCACAUCCUGCUAUUGCAGCAGCAGCUGAGGGAAAAGGAAAAUUCGCUCUGAAACAGGCUGAACAAGUGGCGGAGUAUGAUGAUGUGGACGACGACGAUGAUGAGUACGAAGAUAUUGAGGAGGAAGAAGUAGACUCUGAUGAGUUGGAUGAGAUUGCCGAAAGUCCGCUAAAGGAAAACGAUUGUAUAUUCUGCGAACACAAAGCUGAAGAUCUGGUCGAUAAUUUAAAACACAUGUCCGUCGCACAUUCCUUCUUUAUACCCGACACUGAAUACUGCACAGAUGUUGAGGGUUUGAUCCACUAUUUGGGUGAAAAAGUGGCGGUUUUCUUUAUAUGCCUGUGGUGUAAUGAUAGAGGCAAGACCUUUUACUCCUUGGAUGCCGUUAGAAAGCACAUGAUUGACAAGGGUCACUGUCAAAUGUUGCACGAGGGCUUGGCUUUGGCUGAAUAUGCUGAUUAUUACGAUUACAGUUCCAGUUAUCCCGAUCAUGAAGAAGGCAUGGAUGUUGAUGAAGAGGUUGUACCAGAGCUAUUGGAUGGCGAUGAAUAUCAGCUUGUUUUACCCUCCGGUGCCACAAUUGGACAUCGUUCUUUAUUGCGUUACUACAAACAACGCUUGAAUCCAAAUCGCGCCUUGGUUCCACAGAAAUCAAGUAAAUUACAUCACGUCCUGAGCACCUAUCGGUCCUUGGGCUGGACCAAAACCGAACAGAAGUUGGCAGCUCGCAAGGCUCAUGAUAUUCAUUUGAUGAAGCGAGUUCAUGCUAAAUGGCAAAUGAAACUUGGUGUUCGUGCUAAUAAACUGCAAAAGCAUUACCGUGCCCAAGUUAUGUUCUAAGGUGGCGGCAUGUCAAUUCCAUGUGCCGUACUUAUACUGUAGUGGAACUUAUUGAUAGGUUAAAUAAAAUUCGUUCGAGUGUUUUACUAUAUUUACAAGAAUAAUUUGUAAAAUAUAUUUUUAUUAUUGCUGUGGAUUUUCCGUUGUAAAAACUAUAAAAAAAUUAAUAAAGGGAACAUUUAUUUAUCUCAAAAAA